ACCUGCCAUGUAGGCGCUGUAGGACGGAAGGAAACUACAGUUCUCCCUCUUCCUGGAGCUCGAGUUCUAGUGGCUAGGACCAGCGAUAAAUGAAAGGUUCCAGUUUAGGGAUGUCGAGGGGUCAGGUGUCUCGCGGACGCACGGAGGCCAGCUCACUGCCGCGUCUCUGGCAACCUGGAUUUGGAACGCGCUCCCGCCAGGGCGGCAGGAGGAGUCUCGCGAGGAUCUCCGAGAUUUCGCGCGGGAUCUCGCUCGGUUGCCGGGAGACGGCGCAGCCUCCGCGGAGCUGGCGCGCUCCGCUGCUGGUCCCAGCGGCGCUGGUCCGCCGGCACCAUGGCGCCCAAAAAGAAAGGGAAGAAAGGCAAAGCCAAAGGCACCCCAGUUGUCGAUGGGCUGGCUCCAGAGGACAUGAGCAAGGAGCAGGUGGAAGAGCAUGUCAACCGCAUCCGAGAGGAGCUGGACCGGGAGCGGGAGGAGCGUAACUACUUCCAGCUGGAGCGAGAUAAAAUCCAUACCUUCUGGGAGAUCACACGGAGGCAGCUGGAGGAGAAGAAGGCUGAGCUUCGAAACAAAGACCGGGAGAUGGAGGAGGCUGAGGAGAGGCACCAAGUGGAGAUCAAGGUGUACAAGCAGAAGGUGAAGCAUCUGCUGUAUGAGCACCAGAACAACCUGACGGAGAUGAAGACUGAGGGCACAGUGGUCAUGAAGCUGGCUCAGAAGGAGCACCGUGCACAGGAGAGUGUUCUGCGCAAGGACAUGAGGACACUGAAGGUGGAGUUGAAGGAGCAGGAACUGGCCAAUGAGGUGGUGGUGAAGAACCUGCGACUGAAACAUACCGAGGAGAUCACCAAGAUGCGGAAUGACUUUGAGAGGCAAGUUCGAGAAAUUGAGGCCAAGUAUGAUAAGAAGAUGAAGGUGCUGAGAGACGAGCUUGACCUGCGGAGAAAGACUGAGAUCCACGAAGUGGAAGAGAGGAAGAACGGCCAGAUCAAUACACUGAUGCAGCGUCAUGAGGAGGCCUUCACUGACAUCAAGAACUACUACAACGAUAUCACGCUCAACAACCUGGCCCUCAUCAACUCCCUCAAGGAGCAGAUGGAGGACAUGCGGAAGAAGGAAGAACACCUGGAGAGGGAGAUGGCAGAGGUGUCUAUGCAGAACAGGCGUCUGAUAGAACCUCUACAGAAGGCACGGGAGGAGAUGAACGAGAUGCAGAGGAAACUUGGAAAGUAUGAGAGGGACAAGCAGAUCCUGGUGAGCACAACAGCACGCUUGAAGGUUACUGAGAAAGAGCUGAAAGACCUGCAGUGGGAGCAUGAGGUGCUGGAGCAGCGGUUCAUCAAGGUACAGCAAGAGCGGGAUGAACUCUACCAGAAGUUCACUGCAGCCAUCCAGGAAGUGCAGCAGAAGACAGGCUUUAAGAACCUUUUGCUGGAGCGCAAGCUGCAAGCACUAAAUGCUGCCAUGGAGAAGAGGGAGGUGCAGUUCAAUGAGGUGCUGGCGGCCUCCAACCUGGACCCUGCAGCACUAACACUUGUGUCCCGCAAGCUGGAGGAUGUUCUGGAGUCAAAGAACAGUACCAUCAAAGACCUGCAGUAUGAGCUGGCCCGAGUCUGCAAGGCUCACAAUGACCUCCUGCGUACAUAUGAGGCGAAGCUGCUGGCCUUUGGGAUUCCCCUGGACAAUGUGGGUUUCAAGCCUCUGGAGACAGCUGUGAUUGGGCAGACACUGGGCCAGGGCCCUGCGGGACUUGUGGGUACCCCAACCUAGUCACACGCUUGGGGCUGCAGCCCGCAGAGCUGACCAGGCACACUCCCCAGAUGACCCCCCUUUCCAGGCAGUAAGUUUUUAAUUUUUAGAUUAUCAUCAGUGAAUGAAAGUUUUUCCACAUUUCCUUGUGUUCUCUUGCUGGGCUGUAUAGGGGAGAACCACCUGCAGGGCCUCUGCCCAGGGUAUCCCAGUCUGACUCCUUCCCUGGGGGCACGUCCAGCUGUGCCACACCACACCUGAGUCUUCCGACCUUAGUGGCACCUCCUCUGACAACCCCCCUUGUUCGUGUGGGGGCCGAGGUGAUAGAGCUCUGGCCACCCACAAAUUGCCCCCGUUCCAAAGAUGGGAGCAGCUCUGCAGAUGCAGCACUGACAUUAGGGACCUGAGUGAGUCACGGUUGCCCACCACAAGUAGCUCUGCAGAUACAGCACUGACUUUAUUGACCCAAGUCACAGCUGCCCACUAAGAAAUUCCAGAGGUGGGCCAGAACCUCCAAGGAAGCGGGCAACCACUGAUGGUGGGUGGGCAGCCCAGCCAGAGCAAGGAUGGGCUCUAGCUCCCUCGGUAGGUGGUGUAGGACCAUGGGCUCAGCAGCAGAGGCACAUGGAACUUCUGGGUUUCCUUUGUGAUGGUGAAAACAACCUGAGAGACGCAGAGAAGGAACAAGAAGACAGGGACCACAGCACAGGAGCAACCUGGCCCCAGUGCUCCCUGGGAAAGCAGCCCGGAUGGUGGGGCAGGGUCAGCUGAAGCCCAGUGGUGGACUGGGGCCUUCCUGAGGGCUGAGGAUGGGGGUAAAUCAUCCCCUGGGCAUGCUGGAUGUGAAAAAGGCCAGGUUCUUUGACUGGCUCCAGGUGAAAGGGGAGGCAGUGAGGGAAGGCCCAGUGAGCUGGAGUCAGGGCAGAUGAAAACCUGUCUGUGAAGAGGGGAUGAGUCACCCCCAGCCUGCCUCCCCAAAGUCUGACUUGGGCAGGUCAUGGAUGGGCAUGUUGACAUGAAGUCUCAUGCCUCAAGUCCCAGGACCCCUUUCUUGUGGGGAGCUCAAAGCAGGCAUGCUCUUGUGCCUUUCACCUCCCUCGGAGAGGUGGGACCGGUCUGCUGACGAGUCCUGGCCGAGGGCCUGGCCUGCAGGUCAGUGAGUCAGAGCCUCCACCCUCUCCAUCCCCCACAGCACUCACCUCUACAUAUGGGUAGAAGCUCUCCUGUCCCCUCUCCUUCCAGUAGCUCUCAGUGUCAAAGGACAGCUUGUAGGUGCCUGGCUUCAUCUGGCCUGGCCUCAGGAGCCCAGGACAGCGGCCAUCUGGGUCUGUAUAGCUGGGGAGAAGAUGGGCUGCCGAGCUCAGAUGUGGAGCCAGCCUCCCCAGUCCCCUUGGGUCUGACCCCUGUGGCCUCAGACACUCUGCAGCCUGAUGCAGACAUAGCUGAGCAGAGAUGGUGGGGCAGUUUCUAGGGACACUGCUGCACUGCCUAUUUAGGAAAUCAAUAGAGAAGCAAAAAGGGAAAAAUUCUCCCAUGGUCAUUGUAUUCAAUAUGUUUUUCUAGAUUUUUUUCUAUGUUUAAAUGUUUAUUUACAAGUUUUUUUUUUUUUCCAAAAUGCAUGAUAGACUGUACUAUUCAUAAUGUUUUCUAACCUGUGUUUUUCAUAUAAUUUACUGUGCCUGGCUUUCUGGGUCAAUAACCAUACAUUUAUGUGGUGGCCUGUUUCCAACUGGAUGGAAGGUCCAUGUUGAGCAGGCUUAUCCCUCAUGGAGUGUUUUGAAGGCCUGCAGUUCUGCCUCAUUACCUCUAAAGUUCCCAUGUUCUUCAUACCAGGUGGACCUAAAGUGUCCCACUGCACUUAGGAGGGGAAGUGCAUGCAUGGUGUGGGGGUGGGAAUGGUUCUAUCUAACCCUAUGGGGGCUCCUGGCCAGAGCAGCACUGUGCUCAUUUAGAUGGGACUGGGCUCCUCGCUCCCCACCUUCUGUGAAGAGCUGAACAGGGAAGGAACAGCUACACCCUAGACCCUGAACCUUUGGGCCUACCUUCCCACCUGGCUCCCCACUCCUGCUCCCAGGCUGGAAAGGAGGCCACAGAGGUGCCUGCCCUCCUCAAGAUGGAGGGUCAUGGGGAUGAACCUGCUUACAAGGGCCAGCUGCAGGGCCACAACCCAGCCAGUCUGGGCUUUCAGCACCAGAGACUGGAAACCCCAACCCCAGCAGAGUGUGUGUGCAUAUCCAGGCUGAGGAACACAGGCCUAGCUUGGAAGCCUGGCUUCUACCUCACACUGCCUCAGUCUUCCCAUCUGUAAAAGGGUAAUUUGGUUCCUGUUCACAGGAUGUAUGGAGAAUAAAAAGAGCAGAAAUUAGGUGCUAUGCCAUCUGAGGCCUUAACUCAUCAGGCCUCUCAAGGCCAUGGGAGAGACAUACUGCUCCCACCCCAGCAAGGCCUCAGCAAACUGAGUAGGAUGUUCAUGCCUACUUUCACUGUCCCUGUAUUCCCACCUGAGGAACUGAGGCUCAGAGUCAGUGGGGAGGGUCCAGGCUGGGAAUCUGUGGGCCUCGAGGCUGAGGGGUUGGUGUGUGCAGGUGGGCAGCAGUCAGCUCUGCCCUGCAGCCCUCUGUCUGCACUCCUUGGCUGUCUGGGAUCUGAUCUGUCUGGGUGGGACUCAGCAAAGGCUGGUGCUGGUGGUGGAUCAGAUGCUCUGGAUUCCCUCCCAGCCCCAGGGCCUGCCUCCUACCUUUUCCUCAGCUCUGUCCACUGCUGGGUGAGGUCCUCCAGCCGGGACAAGUGGAGGCAGAGGCCACAGGCUGGGAGCCCCGAAGCAGUGUCUAGCACGUGUGUGGUCAGUGGGCUGCUGUCAGGCUCCAUGCCACUGCCCUGGAUCACAAGAUGGGCAGGGUGAGCUCUUGAGGGCCUGUGCACUCAGUCCCCAGCCCUGCAGUCCACACCUCUGUGAGGAGGGUAAACAGCUCAAUUGCCCUGAAGGCAGCCUGAGUGCAAGGGUCACUGGAAUUGCUGAAUUUCAGGGCGAGGUGUGGACCCCACUUUCGCCUCCCCCCAGCCCUAGUUCCUGCCCGUCCAUGGCCUAGUUCUCUCAGAACCCAGCUCUCCUUUUGCGUCCGUGGUUCAUAGGUCCCUUCAGUGCUUAGCAACCCCCCACCCCCAGGCAGAUGAGGGAACAGGAAC